CAUCGCAGCACUAUUCCACCAUGGCACCCGCGCAGCCGCAGACAUUCACCGCGGGCGAUGAUCCACUGACCAAGUUCGAUGGCGCCAUCGAGAUGGCCAAUCUGCCGCGCGCGCCGCAUCGCCAGUUCGCUUUCCAUGGCUUCAUGCGCCCGUGGCUGGGAAUCUAUGCGAAGCUCAUAGCGGGCGGGAAAAAGCCGCCCACGCACUUCCACGUGCACCAGACCGAGUUCUUCCGCGUGCUCAAGGGCAAUCUCAGCGUCGACAUCAACGGCCGCCGUGUCGAUCUCAGCCCCGAAGACGGCGAGUACUCGGUGCCGCCCUUUACACACCACGUCAUCUACGGCACCCCUGGCACCGAGGAGAACGAGGUCGAAUUCGAAGUCAGCGCCGAGGAAAAACGCGACGGUCAAUAUGCCAUGGACCAGCCGUUCUUCGAGAACUGGUACGGCUACCAGGAGGACGUGUUCCAGCGAGGCGUGACGCUGGACUUCAUCCAGGUGCUUGCCAUGUUCGACGCCGGAGACACCUAUCUGUCGCCCCCUGCAUGGGUUCCAUUCCGCACCUUCCUCAGUAUAUGGUUUACCAUCAUCGUCGGUCGCUACAUUGGUGGCUUGCUGGGCUACGCGCCCUUUUACCCUGAAUGGACCACCGACUGGGACGCUGCGUGCGACCAGAUGGAACGCCAUUGGACGCAAAGGCGUUUCGCCAAGCGAGAUGCACAGGAGAAGGCGCGCCAGCGAUUUGCCGACAGGGGGGCGAAUCGCGCGCAGGGAAUAAACGGCACCCAUGGCAAGACAAAAGCUCUGUAAUCAUGUUGGACGUCAGCAUCCUACACCAUAUUCGCGAUCGCCGACCAGCAGUGUCAACAUAUGGAGACCCUCGCAACGCAUCGGUAAAGGCAUGAAAGACCCAGCCUCACACAGUAUUGCAUCGUACAGUAAAAAUAAAACAAAUCUUAGCUACUUAUGAUAUUCUCAGCGUCAAAGCAUCAAUCGAUGAGGCGACCAAACGAAAUUGUAAAGAACGUGGAC